GUUACUCUUCGAAAAGUCUUCUAAAUAUUUCUAGAACCUCUUACUAGAUUAAAUUUGCUUUUCUCAUUCUUUUAAUCUCUCAUCCAUUUUCAAAACCUUGAAGGAUAAGAGAGAGAAAACAAAUCAAGUUUUUUUAGAGCAAGAAAAGAUAGUUAUGGUCGUGUUGUUGUUGGUGAAGAUUGGCAAAGUUGUAGCCAAUGGAAGAUUCUAAGAUUAUCAUCAAUCGUCCUAAAAAUAAUCUUGUUCAUUCUCUAGUCUUUCUUUUCGGUUUCUAUUGUUGGGAUUGGGAAUUUCUUACUGCCCUUUUGCUUUUCAGUUAUUGCUCCUUCUAAUUAAUUUCUUUUAAAUUUGUAAAAUUCUUAUAGGAUCUUGUCAAUUAAUAAGUAAAAUCCCCAAAAGGGGAAAUUUGGGUAGAUUUAGAGAAAGAGGGGAUGUCGCAAAGAACAGCGCCGGCGCCGUUUCUGUUGAAGACGUAUCAGUUGGUGGAUGAUGCGACCACUGACGAUGUCAUAUCUUGGAAUGAAAUCGGCACAACCUUUGUGGUGUGGAAAACUGCUGAAUUUGCAAAGGAUUUGCUUCCCAAAUACUUCAAGCACAAUAAUUUCUCCAGCUUCGUUCGACAGCUUAACACCUAUGGUUUUCGAAAGAUUGUGCCUGACAAAUGGGAAUUCGCCAAUGAGAAUUUCAAAAGAGGACAGAAAGAGCUCCUCACAGCUAUACGCCGUCGGAAGACCGUGACAUCAAUCCCAGCUGGUGGAAAGUCUGUGGCAGCCGGGACUUCAGCAUCUCCGGACAAUUCUGGGGAUGACAUAGGUUCAAGUUCUACCUCGUCCCCAGACUCCAAGAACCCGGGAUCUGUGGACACUCCGGGAAAGUUGUCCCAGUUCACGGACUUGUCGGAUGAGAAUGAGAAGCUAAAGAAAGACAACCAGAUGCUGAGCUCAGAGCUGGUGCAGGCGAAGAAACAAUGCAAUGAGUUGGUUGCUUUCUUGAGCCAGUACGUGAAGGUUGCACCCGAUAUGAUCAACCGUAUCAUGAGCCAAGGAACCCCAUCGGGGUCCAGCCUUGAAGAGUUGGUCAAGGAGGUUGGUGGUGUUAAAGAUUUAGAAGAACAGGGUAGUUAUAAUGACAACGAUGAUAAAGAAGACGAUGACGAAAAGGGUGAUACUCUGAAACUAUUUGGUGUGUUGCUGAAAGAAAAGAAGAAGAAAAGGGGCCCGGAUGAUAAUAUUGAGACUUGUGGUGGACGUGGUAAAAUGAUGAAAACUGUGGACUAUAAUGGUCCUUGGAUGAAAAUGUCUUCGACGGCCGGAGAAAGCAGCAAGGUUUGUAACUGAGGUGAAGUUGGUGAAUUAUGUGUUGAGGUUGGAGCAGAGUAAAUUAGCUUCUCCCUUUUGAUUUAGUAAUUUCCUUUGGAUUUACAAGUUCGAUGUUUAUGAAUAAAAUAAAUAGAGAAUUUAAUUAGUAUGAGUAGUAAAAAGGGUUUAGAUUACUACUAAGAGUAGUACACCCAAAACCAACUAGAAAUUAUAUAUAUAUAGUACAUGCAGACUGCUAUUAAGUCAAAUGCAACUCAAGUUUGCUUUGUCUAGUCAGAAACUUAUAAUAAUAAUAAUAAUAUUGGUUCUUGAUUUGUGA